CGGAGGGCGGUGAUUCCUUCUGUCACGAUUUGGAUCGCUCCCACCGGAGGACACCGACCGUCUGAGUCCAGCCUUUACCGAGGUGCUCACCCACAAGAGGAGACGGUGCACACAAGGAGGAGAGACGCAUGAGGGUUUCGUCUUAGGGGUUGCACUGACAAGUCGGGGUUUGUCCUCCUGUCGGUGUCGGUGAGGAGAGGAGAGGGAGAGGAGAGGAGAGGAGAGAAGGGGGGUCUUCAGAGCUGGAGCGACCAGCAGCCUUUCUUUUGUCGGGGCUGCGGUAAAAGUCGUUCAAGAUGCCGGUGUUUCACACCAAGACCAUCGAGAGUAUCCUGGAGCCGGUGGCCCAGCAGAUCUCCCACCUGGUCAUCAUGCACGAGGAGGGGGAGGUGGACGGUAAAGCCAUCCCAGAUCUGACGGUGCCGGUGGCCGCGGUGCAGGCGGCAGUCAGCAACCUCGUACGGGUGGGGAAGGAGACUGUUCAAACCACCGAGGACCAGGUAAUGAAGAGAGACAUGCCUCCUGCAUUCAUUAAGGUGGAGAACUCGAGCUCUAAGCUCGUCCAGGCGGCUCAGAUGCUAAAGGCAGAUCCAUACUCAGUUCCUGCGCGAGAUUACUUGAUCGAUGGAUCCAGAGGGAUACUGUCUGGAACGUCUGACCUGCUCCUCACCUUUGACGAGGCAGAGGUGCGUAAGAUAAUUCGUGUGUGUAAAGGUAUCCUAGAGUAUCUGACAGUAGCUGAGGUGGUGGAGACCAUGGAGGACCUCAUCACUUACACCAAGAACCUGGGACCAGGGAUGACCAAAAUGUCAAAGAUGAUUGAGGAGAGGCAGCAGGAGCUGACGCACCAAGAACACAGACAGAUGCUAGUCAACUCCAUGAACACUGUCAAAGAGCUGCUGCCUGUUCUUAUAUCAGCUAUAAAGAUUUUUGUCGCAACCAAGAGCAGUCGAGGUGCCGGCGUUGAGGAGGCAGAGAGGAACAGAAGGUUUACCUUUGAAAAGAUGAGCGCUGAAAUCAACGAGAUCAUAAGAGUCUUGCAGCUCACCACGUGGGAUGAAGACGCCUGGGCCAAUAAGAAGGAUAUGGAGGCUUUGAAGAGAUCUCUGGCUUUGAUCGAGUCAAAGAUGGCACAAGCUAAAAGCUGGCUUAAAGACCCCCAUGGACAACCAGGAGACCCUGGUGAGGUCGCCCUGCGUGUGAUACUGGAUGAAGCUGGUAAGGUGGGAGAGCUGUGUGCUGGGAAGGAGAGGAAAGACAUAUUGGCAACCACUAAGGCUCUGGGACAAAUGACUGACCAGAUUGCAGAUCUACGAGCCAGAGGCCAGGGCCCGACCCCAGGGUGUGUGCAGCGUGCAGGACAGUGCUCGCAGGGCUUAGACUUGUUAUUUGGCAAAGUGGACAGUGCUGCUCGCAGAUUGGAGGCUCUAAUCAAUGCCAAACAGGCCAUUGCCAGGAGGCUGGACGCUGCACAGGCCUGGCUGGCUGAUCCUAACGGCGGUCCUGAGGGAGAGGAGAACAUCAGAGCACUGCUAGCAGAGGCCAAGCGCAUCGCCGAUCUAUGUGAAGACCCCAAAGAGAGGGAUGACAUCCUGCGCUCCAUCAGUGAGAUCGCAGGCCUCACCGCCAGACUUGUGGAGCUACGUAAACAGGGUAAAGGUGACAGCCCGGAGGCCCGUGCAUUGGCUAAGCAGAUUGGGGCGGCACUGCUGACUCUGCAGUCCAAAACCAACCGUGCCGUGGCCAACAUGAGACCUGCCAAACCUGCCGUCACCUUGGAGGGCAAGAUGGAGCAGGCCCUCCGCUGGGCGAGCAACCCCGGAGUAGACGACAGAGGAGUAGAGUGUGAGAUACUACAGUGGAACACAGGUCAGGCAGCAAUAAGAGGAAUGGUUGGAGAAGGGAGGAGACUGGCAGGAGGCCUGUUGGGCCCGUAUCGGCAGGAUAUGGUUGGGCGCUGUGACCGAACAGAGACCCUUAUGACAUCUUUGGCGGAUAUGGCCGGCAGGGGCGAUGCUGAGGCUCCUCAUGCACGAGCUACAGCCGCACAACUGCAGGACAGCCUCAAGGACCUGAGGCAGCACAUGCAGGAGGUGAUGACCCAGGAAGUAUCUGAUGUUUUCAGUGACACCACCACCCCUAUCAAACUGCUGGCUGUGGCUGCAACUGCUCCCCCCGAUGCCCCCAACAGAGAGGAGGUUUUUGAAGAGCGUGCAGGGAACUUUGAGGCCCACGCAGGUCGGCUGGGGGCUACUGCAGAGAAAGCUGCUGCUGUGGGAACAGGCAAUAAGAGUACAGUAGAGGGGAUACAUGCUGCUGUGAAACAUGCCAGGGAGCUCACACCACAGGUGACCUCUGCUGCAAGGAUCUUGUUGAAGAAUCCAGGAAACAAAGCAGCAUACGAGCACUUUGACACCAUGAAGAACCAGUGGAUUGACAAUGUUGAGAGACUUACUGGUCUGGUGGACGAGGCCAUCGACACCAAAUCUCUGUUAGAUGCUUCUGAGGAGGCUAUAAAAAAAGACAUUGACAAGUGCCGAGUUGCCAUGGCGAAUGUUCAGCCCCAAAUGCUUGUUGCCGGGGCAACAAGCAUAGCAAGACGAGCUAAUCGGGUUCUGUUGGUGGCUAAGAGGGAGGUGGAGAACUCUGAAGAUCCACGGUUCAGAGACACAGUGAAACACGCGUCAGACAUCCUCUCCCACACCAUCUCACCCAUGGUGAUGGAUGCUAAAGCUGUGGCUGGGAACAUACAAGAUAAAGCUCUGCAAAAGGCCUAUUUGGAUUCGUGUCUGAGGAUUCUGGCUGCAGUUGGAAAAGUUAGAGAAGCCUUCCAACCUCAGGAGCCUGACUUCCCUCCUCCACCACCUGACCUGGACCAACUCCAUGUUAGUGAUGAGCAGGCACCACCCAAGCCCCCCCUGCCAGAGGGCGAGGUGCCCCCGCCUCGGCCCCCUCCUCCAGAGGAGAAGGAUGAGGAGUUCCCAGAGCAGAAGGUCGGAGAGGUGCUCAGCGAACCCAUGAUGGUGGCAGCCAGGCAGCUGCACGAUGAGGCACGCAAAUGGUCAAGCAAGCCUGAGGAUGAGGAGGCAGUAGAGGAGAGAGAGGUAGAUGAUGAAGAUGAGUUUACUGAUGGUGAGGAUGACUAUGAGCCAGAACUGCUGAUGAUGCCCUCCAACCAGCCUGUCAAUCAACCCAUUCUGGCAGCUGCCCAGUCUCUCCACCAGGAGGCGCGCAAGUGGUCCAGCAAGGGUAACGACAUCAUAGCAGCAGCCAAGCGGAUGGCUCUGCUAAUGGCAGAAAUGUCUCGGCUGGUGCGUGGUGGAAGCGGGAACAAGCGAGCACUUAUUCAGUGUGCUAAGGACAUCGCCAAGGCCUCAGAUGAGGUGACGAGACUGGCUAAAGAAGUGGCCAAGCAGUGCACUGACAGACGAAUCAGAACUAACCUGCUGCAGGUGUGUGAACGAAUCCCUACCAUCAGUACUCAGCUGAAGAUCCUCUCCACUGUCAAAGCCACCAUGCUGGGACGAACAAACAUUAGUGAAGAGGAGUCAGAGCAGGCCACAGAUAUGUUGGUCCAUAACGCCCAGAAUCUGAUGCAGUCAGUGAAGGAGACCGUCAGAGAAGCAGAAGCAGCUUCCAUCAAGAUCCGCACUGAUGCAGGAUGCACCCUUCGCUGGGUGCGCAAAACCCCCUGGUACCAAUAAACAAACCUGGUCACUGAAAAAGUAACACUUUUAACUUGGCAACGAUAGCACACACCUCCAGUCAUGUAUGGAUUACUGAAUGGGCCUACUGGCUACAAAGACACGCACAAAAUAACUACAAAAAGGGGCAAAACAACAACAAAAAGACACAAAAUGACCACGAAGAGACACAAAACAACUACGAAGAGACACAAAAUGACCCCAAAGAGACACUAAACAAGCACAAAGAGACAUUAAAAUGACACAAAACUACAAAGAGAUGUGUAACCACUUCAAAAAGACACGUCUGUGCCCAGGAACCCAUUGUCUCGUAAUCUGUCCAUGCCUUGAGUAAAAGUAGCAAUGUGCAUACUCAUCAUGAGUAAACGUGCACUUCUUGAAUAAGGAAACUGAUGGCAAUGUGGUGCUUACCAGUAACCAUUAGAUUUGGUACCAAGCAGGUUUCAUUUAUUGGAGUGAGUUCAGCUUUGCUAUCCAGUUCUCUUUAUCUGUAACUUUGGAAUCACGUAGGCUAAUCCGAGACAGUUUAUAAUAUAUAUUUUUGGUAUGUUGUGUUACAAGAGUUUAUCCAAAUCCCAGGUAUAUAUUUUUUGCAUGACAUUUUUUUCUAUUUUCUAAAGGCAAAUUAUGACAUUAAGAUACUUAUCUCCUAGAGGGUUUACUCUUGUUCAUUUUUUUUUCAGUGAGUUUCUUAUUGUCAAUUGUAUAUACAGUAAUUAUUUAAUGGACAACACUCAGCUGUGAGCUUUUUACACUGAGUUAGACACUAAAGUGUAAAGUCUUGUGUGAGCUGAUGAGCUCUCCUCAUGUUUACUUUUAGUAAUAACACUGUUCUUAACUGAAGAUCUAUGAAUUCAAAGGUGAUACAACAUCACUGCUGUCCGGUGAUGUUCAUACUUGAAGAACUAAAAAGGUCUUCUGAAUUAAAAGUGUUAUAAUUUAUAGGCAAAUUAUACAGUUUCAAAAGUGAUUGUAUAAUUUUUUUAAAUGUAUGGCUGUCAAUAUAUAUUACCUUAAUUGCAGGAAGGUUGAUACUUAAUAGAUAAGAGACUUUCACAUGACAGUUGCAGUAUGACAAUAAGGUAAGGCGAGAUGAGAUGUUUUGUUAUGGCUGUUUUGAGUUCUUUGUUUUAACUAUAUUCAACUUUAAGUUCAGUGAACAAUGCCAAAGGAUUUGUUUUAAAGUAUUGUAAGCCUCAUCUUAACACUUAAAAUCCAGGUUAUAACAAACGAGACAGACCAUUUCUUUAGAGAUGCUGAGGUACUUUUUGAGGUCUGUUAUUUUUUUAGCAAAAAAGAGAGAAUGUUUUCUCUUUUUUAACUAAUUGUAGUGCUUUGUUUCUGCACUCUGUAACAGUUGAACUGUUUUGAUGUUUUAUUCAAAGUGUAUCAAAACCAAUGAUUUUAGACAGCCAUUCAACUUCCUUCUUUUAGACUUUUCUCCAUGUGUGAGCUAAGUAGUCCCACUCUGAAUGUUCUGAAGCAUCAUCUUGACACAGAUUUUCUAGAAGACCCAGGUGGUUUGAGAACAAAAACAAACCUUUUAUGUGAUAUAUCAGGCAUUAAUGCCAGUAGGUAUUAGUAUGGGUGUAGCUGUUUUUGUCUGGAAUAAUUACACAGCAGUUCAACAACAAAUGAUUGGUAACUCAAUAUUAAAUGCAAUCAGAUCAAUGAAUACAUAUUUUCAUUCCCUAAACAGUAUUUCAUCAAGUUUUAUUACACGUUUAUGGUUGGGCAAAUGUAACUAUUAAAUAGAGAAUCUGUAUGUGUGUGUGUGUGUGUGUGUGUGUAUAUGCGUGAAGCCUCCACUUAAUCAGUAUUAGUGAGCCGUCCCCAUGGUGGUUAGGGACAGAGCUCUAAAUGUUAAUCGCAUUUUCAUCUUUUUUUGGGCCUACCAAGCAUGUAGCAGUCACUGACCCCUCACUGAGAGCGACAGGGUGUACUUGUUUGUGUACUUGUGUUCAUUCACACCCUGAAUGUAUUCCGAUAGCUUCUUGCCCUGCCAACACAUCAGCUGUGCCUUGUUAGAAUAAAAGACUAUAAUAAUGA